AUGGUGUUGAGAUGCGAUAAGAAUUGGGUGGUGGGAUGGAUUGUUUAUUGUUGUGAGCGUGCCAAGACGGACGCGCGAGCUCCUCGAGUCCUCGAUCGUCCUCCUGUGUUCUUGCAAGGGAAGCAUUGCCUUUUGAUAUACUACUACAAAAAGUGUGCCUUUCUCUACAAGGGAAAGGAAGUGAAACGCGAUCCUCUUCAGGAAAAUCACGAAUUCUUCAGGCCUACUUCUGGGUUGCGGAAGUAUUCAAAGAGGACCCUAAAUUUUGUUUCUAAAUUUUGUUCCUUUGCCUCGAGGGGUCGGCGAAUUGAUUUCGAGGAAAUUCUCGUAUAUCUACACAAUGACGGACAGCUUGUGAUAGCCGCCGUACCAUCUAUGCAAAAUGUCUCUAAGUAUGAGCCUUUGUUUCGAGAACGUGAAAAUGUAGAAAAGAAGCACCGCAGUCGAUCCAAAGUAAGGCUCAACCUUAUCUCAAGUAUAUCUAGGCUCACAAUCUCCGAGCAUCCGAGCUCCAUGCCCUGCCUACCUAGCCAACUCUUGAAGUUCCGAUAUGAUUUUACCCACCCUGAACCGAAGAAAAGUGAUGCACCGAAGCGUGUCUCGCAUAGCGGCUCGCCAGCCUCGGUGUUGAACUCUGAGUAUGUGGCGCUGUGGCUCCAACCUACAAAGGUAGUCUCGCUGUCUCCCAGCAAUUUCGUCGACCCUUAUGAGUGUGCGAGAAUAGUGGUAGGAGUGGGGCAGGAAGCAACUGUUAUCCCCCCCAAUUAUCCAUACUACACUGCGGUUCUUUCGACUUAUCCAUGCCACGGUGUGAAAGUACCUCGACAAGGUAGAGUAAUUGCCAUUGAAGUCUUUGUCGAUACUAUUUAUGUGAAAGUAACUGAAAGAGUUUUUAUCAGACUUCCUUUCGGUGGGAAUACUGCGACGGAGGCCAUUAGAUCAAUACUUCGCCAGGGAAACGUCGAAAGGCUGAAUGUCGAAUACCGUAAUCAGUGGGGUGACAGUAGGAGUAAUCAGGAACUCGCGGAGUUAUAUCUAUCAGCCGGCACCACACAAUCAAAGACUCUGUGGGUGUACCGUGUAUUGACGAGCCUUCAUGUCCAUGGCCACGACGUGUGGAUACUGACUAGUCCGGGAAGUCAUGAAGAUUUAAGCCCGAAUGCAUCUCUCGCCCCAUCAUACUAUGUUCAGUCGGGGAGCUUCGAGAUCAAUGGGGUUGUAUUGCUGGGUCCGAUAUACUCUUUAAAUUCCGAGGUCAUAGAGUGUCUUGCAAAAUGUAAGGGGGGCACGAUCUGCACGAUAUUGAUUAGGAAUCUGGGAAUUUUAGUGUCCAUAUUCAAAGACAAAGGCCUUGAGAAUGUCAAGAAAGCUGAGCUUUCAAAUUGCCCCAGUUGCUGCGGCUAUAGCUACUUUGCUGGUCUCAACAUCAGCAACAACGGCCUUCUUGGUCAUGGACGUUGCGGUCUCUUCAUUUCGUCACAGUAUAUAUUCGUUAUCUGCUUCGUUUCUCACCUCAUAGCUGUUAUAGGGCUAGCUGGGAAACUUGCAGAAGCACCAUCUGAACCAUUACUGCCAGACACUGUGAAUUUCGUCGAAGAGCGCGUCCAAGCCAAACAGGCGCCAUAUGAGCAAUCACAAUUGGAUAUUUUGAGGACCAUCGAUAGGAGGAGAUCCUACACCACCCGUCCCAAACACUUCUGCCGUGAGCCGAGAUUAUAUGUACAGUUGAUCAUCUCUGACAUGCUCAUGGGCAUCCAAAAUGCAGGAUUGAAGCUUCAUUUCUCCAUUCCCUCACCAUCAUCUAAAACCUCUUUUUAUCAAAUCCACUCUACAACUAAAUCUGUGGUACAUUUUGAAGGAAGCAAGGUAAAUACCUCUACUCCUAUUCGAGGACACUUGAGUAACAGUAUGCGAGAUAGGUACGACUCUGGCAGAGGGUUGUUUCUUUUCGCCUUCGUUCUUAAUUUGAGCCACGGGUUUGCAAGAUCGAUUAUUUUUGUCGAUGCUUUGUGGUAG